AUGGCCCAAUGGCAGAUUCUGCUCUCCGAAUUUGAUAUAGUCUAUGUAAACCAAAAAGCUGUGAAGGGGAGUGGAAUAGCAAACUUCCUAGCCAGUAGAGCUUUGGAGGACUAUGAACCUUUGAAUUCCAGUUUCCCCAAUGAAGAUCUAAUGUAUGUAGCAAUCGCUGAAGGAGACAUGUCUGAAGAUCAUUCUUGGAAAUUAAAUUUUGACGGAGCAUCAAAUGCCGUUGGAAAUGGAGUUGGGGCAGUACUGAUAUCCCCAAAUGGAGACCAUUAUCCAUUUACUUGUAAGCUGGAUUUUGACUGCACAAACAACAUGGCAGAAUACGAGGCAUGGAUCAUGGGAAUUCGGGCAGCUAUAGACCGCGAAAUCAAAGUAUUAGAAGUGUAUGGAGAUUCCACAUUGGUAAUUUAUCAGCUUAAAGGCGAGUGGGAAACGAGAGAUCCCAAAUUGAUCAGUUACCGAAAGUUAAUCCUGGAGUUAAUUGAAGAGUUUGAUGAUAUUACCUUUCAUUACCUCCCGUGA